CCCGUGCGUGCGCGCCCCCGCCUCCUGCGUCACUGGGAAGCGCGCGCCCGCGCCCCCGCCGCCGCCGCCGCCGAAUCCCCAACAAGGAGCGAAGCCCGCGGCCGCCGCCUUCGCCGAGCCGGCCGCCGCCGCCGCCGUCCCCGCUGGGCGCUCGAGCAGGCCGACGCGGUUCCAGGCCUCGGUGUCCACCUCAGCUGUGCCAUGGCCACCCCAGAUGUGAGCGUCCACAUGGAGGAGGUGGUGGUUGUGACCACUCCAGACACAGCAGUUGAUGGCAGUGGAGUGGAGGAGGUGAAGACAGUGCUGGUGACGACAAACUUGGCUCCUCAUGGGGGCGACCUGACGGAAGACAACAUGGAGACAGAGAGUGCCGCUGCGGCAGCUGCAGCCGCCUUCACAGCCUCCUCCCAGCUCAAGGAAGCCGUCUUAGUGAAGAUGGCUGAAGAGGGGGAGAGUCUGGAGGCAGAGAUUGUAUACCCCAUCACCUGUGGGGACAGCAGGGCCAGCCUCAUCUGGAGGAAGUUCGUGUGCCCGGGCAUCAACGUCAAGUGUGUCCAGUAUGACGAACACGUCAUCAGCCCCAAGGAGUUCGUGCACUUGGCAGGGAAGUCAACGCUGAAGGACUGGAAGAGAGCCAUCCGUAUGAACGGCAUUAUGCUCAGGAAGAUCAUGGACUCGGGGGAGCUGGACUUCUACCAGCAUGACAAGGUCUGCUCCAAUACCUGCCGCAGCACCAAGAUCGACCUCUCAGGGGCCCGGGUGUCCCUGAGCAGCCCUACGUCCAGCGAGUACAUCCCGCUCACGCCCGCCACAGCUGACGUGAAUGGCUCUCCCGCCACCAUCACCUUAGAGGCCUGUGAAGACCCUGGGGACUGGACCACGGCCAUCGCAGAUGACACUUUUGCCUUCUGGCGUGGGCUCAAGGAUGCAGGCCUGUUGGCUGAGGUCAUUCAGGAGUUCCACCAGGAGCUGGCGGAGACCAUGAGGGGCCUGCAGCAGCGGGUCCAGGACCCACCCCUGCAGCUCCGAGAUGCUGUGCUACUCAACAACAUCGUACAGAACUUCGGCAUGCUGGACCUGGUGAAGAAGGUGCUGGCCAGCCACAAGUGCCAGAUGGACCGCUCCCGGGAGCAAUACGCCCGCGACCUCGCAGCCCUGGAGCAGCAGUGUGAUGAGCACCGCCGCCGUGCCCGGGAGCUCAAGUGCAAGUCGCAGCACCUCAGCAAUGUACUUAUGACCCUGACGCCAGUGUCUCUGCCGCCCCCUGUGAAGCGACCCCGCCUUGCUCGCGCCACAUCUGGCCCAGCCGCGGUAGCCUCCCAGGUGCUGCCACAGCCGGCACAGAUCACACUUGGCACCAGUGUGCCUGUACCCCAGCUGACCAGCGUGCCACUGGGCAAGGUGGUAUCCACCCUGCCCCCUGCGGUCCUGGGCAAGGGCUCCUCCCCAGCCACACCUGCCAGCUCUCCAGCCUCCCCGCUGCUGGGCGGAUACACGGUUCUGGCCUCCUCGGGCCCCACCUUCCCCAGCACCGUGGAGAUCCACCCGGACGCGUCCAGCCUCACAGUGCUCAGCACAGCGGCCAUGCAGGACGGCAGCACAGUGCUGAAGGUGGUCAGCCCGCUGCAGCUGCUUACGCUGCAGAACGUGGCCCAGGCCUCCCCCGGGGGCAGCACCAUCGUGACUGUGCCCACGGGGGCCACACCAGGGCCUGAGGAACACACGGCCACCAUCGAGGUGGCCACUGUGGCUGAGGACCAUGAGCAGAAGUAGUUGGGGGGGCCAGGCCCCUUGGGCUGCAGAGCUGGCUGCCUCCUCGGGCUGCAGGCGGACCUCAGCGCAGGCUCUGGGAGCUGGCUUAGCCCAGACAGGGUGCGGGCGAACCAAAGAGAGGGGUCUCCAGCACCAGGCCAGGGCAGGGUGGGAGCCGAGAGCUGAGCAUCAGCUGCACGUGGUCUUCCAGCCAUGGACUUCCUCCUCCCUUUUCCCAGGAAAUCUAUUUUUCCAACUGUUGCUUAUUAAUCCCAUCUGCACCCAAGCCUUCCUUAGAGCUGGGUGGACGAUAGCCAGAGGCCUGGAGCAGUCGGAGCAGAAUGUGGUGCCAGGCAGCAGAGCCAGAGACCCCGUGGGUACUGGGGGCCAUGUGGUGGUCCCAGUUCCUGGGCCUGGCAAGCCUCCGGGAUCAGAGCCUGCCGCGCAAUGUUACUAACACAUGUCUUGGGGACUGUACCCAAGUGUGGAAACCCAUGGAUCCUAUGGAUUUGGUUUCUUCCCACAGUUUUCUGUAGGGUUAGUGUGGCUGUGCCCGUCCCCUGCCCUCAUGGGAGCAGGUGCGGGGCAGGCGUGGCCUAGCUCAGGGUCCCGUGCCGGUGGGGGCAGCGGUGCUGGGCUUCCACGAAGUCAGGUUUACAGCGUUUGCAACCAAACCAUGCCGAGUGCCUCAGCUGUCCCCGGUGGCCCCAGGAUCAGGCCUGUGGAGUGUCCCUGGGACUUUGCUGCCGGGCUAGGGCUGUGGAGGCACCUGUGACUGGGGAGUACGUGCCAGCCUUCGGGACCCCUGUCAGAGCUGGGAGCUGCCCCAAGUGGCCAUCCUGGGCUCCCUAUGGACCUGGAUUGGACUCAGGUAGAAGACCAGGCCAGGGGAAUGAGUGGGCAUGUGGGGGGUGGAUAAUGGCCUCCAGGCUCCAGCCCCCGCGGCCAAAGCCCUGCUGGCCCAGGGCCAGGUGGGACUCCUGAGGGCCCUGCCGCGCUGUCCUGCCUGCAGCCUUCUGUCUGCCAGUGCACCUCGGGGCCAGCUGGGCCAGUGUGUACUGAAGGUGUGCGUGCGCCUUUUACACUCAUUUCUACUCGGUCAUGAGUCACGUUAAAUGCAGCCAUGGGGUCCCAUGGGCACAGGAACACUGCUGGCUGCACUGGAGGACCCCUUCUGCCCCUGCGCCUCUUGUUCACUGAAAAAGGUGAUAUUUCAGAGCCAUACAUAGUCACCACAGGUCACCUCAGUGAGUCCCCUGGGACUUGGCCAGCCUGGAGGGGACCGGGCUGCCAAUGGGAGGAUGGGGCUGCACAGGACGGCCUGUGUUCACCUCCCCGUUCCCUUGCUGUCCACAGCUGAUCCUGCUGGCUCCACAGGCUGAGCAGGGACCCUUAGCGGCACGAAGCCAGCCCCCAGGGCUUGGCUUUCUGGGGGAGGCUGAGUGGUUAUGGCAGUGCCUGUUCAGAGGCACCUGGGGUGGGUGGUGUCUAAGCUCUGGAGCAGCAUCUGCUUGGUACUUGACUCAAUAAACACAUUUUUGUACCUCGCCUGUGCU